GGUCGAUGAGUACAAGCUGGAGAAGGUCUACCGUCCUGUUGAGUAUACGGAAUAUGAAACCUGUUUGGAUGUCUCUAAAGGUUUCAGAUGCCCUGUUGUCA